AUGCUUACUGAAGCACUAAACGAGAUCUUGGAUGAAAUACGUCAUGUUCCAUUGUCACUUUCACAAUCUAUGCUCUCUCUCCCAGCUCCUGAGAAUGUUGUAAACUCGUUUCCUCUCAAAAAUCAUAAGUCUGAGAUCACUGAGAGCAAGGCCCAAGAUGCACAAGAGUGUUACAUUUGCUUGUCUGAGUAUAAUGAAGGUGAUAAAAUAAGAGUUCUCCCUUGUUGUCAUGAAUUCCAUAUGGAAUGCGUUGACAGAUGGCUAAAAGAAAAGCAAAGUGUAUGCCCACUUUGCAGAGGAGAUGUUUGCAAGGGCAUUGCUGAGAGUUCUGACUAA